AUGAUCUCGCCCAUUCGCUCGUUUGCGCUCGUGCAUGCGCUCUUUACGGCUAUCGCGCAAGCUGUCCAUCCUGUCGAAGUCCGCGGCCAGGAUUUUGUCGACACGGUCACCAACAAGCGGUUGAUGAUCGUUGGUGUCGAUUAUCAGCCCGGAGGCCAAGCUGGGUACAAGCCGAGUGAGGGCAAAGAUGUACUCUCAGACGCCGAUGUCUGCUUGCGUGAUGCUGUCCUAAUCCAGAAACUCGGUGUUCAGGUCAACACUAUUCGCGUCUACAAUAUCGACCCCGAACUGGACCAUUCCCAGUGCGCCUCCAUCUUCAACGCCGCUGGAAUCUACAUGAUGCUCGACGUCAACUCUCCGCUGCAGGGCGAGAGCAUCAACCGUGCAGAGCCAUGGACUUCCUACAACACCGAUUACCUCACACGAGUUUUCGGCAUUGUCGAGAACUUCAAGAACUUCCCCAACACACUCGGCUUCUUUGCUGCGAACGAGGUCAUGAACGACUUGAACACUGCAAAGUACAACCCGCAGUACAUUCGUGCUGUUCAGCGCGAUCUCAAGAACUAUAUCAAGAAGCACGCCUCCCGCAAGAUUCCUGUCGGAUACUCGGCCGCCGACGUUCGAGAGAUCCUGCAGGAUACUUGGGCGUAUAUGCAAUGCGAUCACAACGACGACGCCUCGUCCUCCGACUUUUUCGGUCUCAACUCGUACUCCUGGUGUGGCGGUGACGCCACGCUCCAGUCGUCAGGAUACCAAGAUCUGGCUAAUAUGUUUAACCAGUCUGCCAUACCUGUCUUCUAUAGCGAGUAUGGCUGCAACAAGGUACAGCCCCGUGUCUUCACUGAAGUCCCGGCCCUCUAUGGCACCGAGAUGACAGCACUUAGCGGUGGUCUCGUCUACGAAUACAGCCAAGAAGAACAAGACUACGGUCUGGUGCAGGUCAACUCCAACGGCUCGGUCACGCUCCGCACUGACUACGACAACCUCCAGGGACAGUACAACAAGCUCGACACGGGUCUCCUUGAGUCGACAAACCCAUCCAGCACUAGCAUCAAGGCGCCCGCGUGCGCGUCAGGCCUCAUAUCGGCGGAGCAAUUUAGCAAAAACUUCACGAUCCCGGCAGUAUGCCCCAACUGCCAGAGUCUGAUUGACAAUGGCAUCAGUAACCCCAAGAACGGCAAACUAGUGGACGUAUCCGCUACCAAGCCUAAGCAACAGAUCUACGGCAGUAACGGCGCAUUGAUCCAGGGCCUCUCUCUGAACAAGAUCAGCAACGACGGGGUUAAUGCCCCCGGUCAGCAGUCGACUACUCCAAGCAGCGCUUCCGGCAGUGGAGGCCCUGCCCAGCCAACCGAGUCCAAGAAGGGUGCGGCUCCCAAGCAAGCUGCUGGCGCCCUGGCAUGCAUCGCGGUCCUUGUCUCGGCCCUGCUCAUCUAA